GUCUCAAAACAAACAAAUAACAGAAAAACCAAGACUCAUUUUAUUUUGUCAUAAUUCUGUAAGUCAGGGGUUUGGGCAGGGUUCCGCUGAGCAGUUCUUCUCCAUGUAGUCAUAGCUAGGGUCAUUCAUAGCUGUAUUCAACUGGUGGAUGAGCUGGGCUGGUAGGUCAAGGAGGUUCCAUUAAUAGGUCUGGCACCUUGGUGCUUUUCUUUAUUUUCACAUGACUUUUUCCUUUUUUUAAAUCAGGCAACCUCCUGAGCCGGAGCAGGCUCAGAGAGACUCCUACCUUCGUGCUCUUCUACAUGGCCUCUCUCUCCAUGUGGGCACCUUGGGCUUCCUCAUAGUAUGGUGGCCUCCAGAUGGUCAACCUUCUUAUAUGGUGUUAGGCUUCAAAGCGGAAGCAUUCCCAAAGGAGCAAAAGUGGAGACUGCAUAGCUGUUAAGGCCUGGCGCUGCAAAGUACCCAGCACACCUUCUGCCACGUAGUAUUGGUCAAAACCAGUCACAGGGCUGGCCCAGACUUAAGGAGAGGAGAAACAAACCCAAACCGUAUCUCUUGGUGAGAGGAAUGGAAAAUUAUAUGCUCCAUCUUUAGUCUACCAUACUUGGCUUCUGGGAACUGAAUAGCCCUAACCAUGCUGAUGGCGCUGACCCACUUUUAAAUCUAAACCACAGUAUACUAUGUUGGAACAAUUUAUAGGUCUUUAUUCCCCACUGAGUAGAGAGGGCCUGGAGAACAGGAGGUGGUUUCUUUUUCUUUCCAUUUUUUUUUUCCCCAUGUGUUUUCAGAAUGUAACACAUACAAGGCAUUCAGGGAAUGCUACCAUUGGAUGCACACAUCACAUAAGCAUUCACUGGUUGUCAAAACAUGGUGUAUAUAAGAAUCCCUGGGAGCUGUUAAAAAUGCGUGCAGAUUUCUGAACAAGACCUGGGCCCAGGCCCUCUGAAUCCAAAUCUCUAGGGCAGAAGUUUUCAGUCUUGGCUGCACAUGAAAAGAUACGAGUGCCAGGCCUUCACCCCAGAGACCCAGUUUCUGUCGAUCUGGGGUGAGCUCAAACACAUUUAAGUCUCCUCAGAUGAUUCUAAUGUGAGGCCAGGGUGAAGAACCAGUGCCCUAGGAUUAGAACCAGCCAUCUCUGCUAACCUCCCCAGAUGAUUCUGAUGCAGGUGGUCCAUGACAGGGUGACCAACACCCUUGGCUUGCUCCGAUUUUAGCACUAAAAGUCGCACAUCCCGAGAAACUCCUAGUCCUGUGCAAGCCAGAUGGUUGGUCAUUAUCAAUGGACCACUAUUGAAAAAAAAUUCUAGAUGAGGCAGUGAAAGCCUUUUUUGAAAAAUGCCCACAAGUAUCUAUUGAAAGCCAUGAUUUUGUCUCCUUACUUAAGGGCCUGAGCCAACUGUCCUUGAAUUAAGGGGUAAGUGCCUCACGGUCACUGUUUUCCUUCAGCCUUGUGCUCUGGUGUGCUAGGUCUGUUAACUCAUACAAAUAAUGUGUCUGUCUUUGAGAAUUCUUUCAGACUAUAUCCCUUAGUGCACACACCACAGCUUUGAAAGCCCAAUCACAACCAACAAAGAUGAUGUGUUUAGGAUAAUACGAGAUACAGGAUGAAAUUCCUAUGUCUUCUACACCAGUGUGUAUUAUUAUCACCAUCACAAAUACUUAUAACAGGGUACACAAAUAUAUGUAAUAUGUUACAUAGCUGUGGGGCGGCCCAGACUCUGGUCUGAGAUUCCUGGGUUUGUGCUCCAGCUUUGCUGUCACUAGGUAUGUAAUCAUGGAUGCCUCUUUUUUGCCCUAGUUGUUCACCUACAAAAUGGGAAUAAUAAAGAUGUCUUCUUCACAGAGCAGAUGGGAGGAUCCAGAAAAUAAUAUAAGCGAAAGUGGUUUUGUAGAGUGAGAAGGCUGAGGUAUUAUGAUGGUCUUUGAAUGGGAGGGACUUGAAGAAAUGAUUCCGUGAGAGGCCCUGCACGUGACUGGGGUUCUCUCUGGUCCCCCUACCCUGAACCAUGGCCCGCCUGGGAAGUUUCAAGGAAUAAGCUUUUGACACAGAGUGGACCAUGGAGAGAGCUCAGGAAGCAGAGUUGUCUACCUUAGUUGCCCUAACUGCUGAGGUCAAGUGUGCUUUGCUUCAGGAAAAAGCAAAGCUUUUGGAAAUGGGCGUUUGUGAAGGCAUUUUUUGUUUUUAAAUCUUUUGCCUAUUUAUUCCAAGUGUAUCCUCAGAAACGUAGCCAAAAGAAAACAACCACAACCACAAACCUGUAAUACUGAAAAGCCAGUUCUUAAUUUCUGUAGCUAAAAAAGCAUCCUUUCAGGCUGUAACCGCAGAGAGAUUGCUGCAGGCCUCUGACAUAAUGACAGUUUGCAGUGUGAUGAAGGAGGCUGCUAAGCUCUGUGGCCCAGAGGCCCAAUCCUGGCCUCUCCAAUUACCCAGGCGCCUAGCAACACCACCAAAAGUCUCCAUGCCAGGCCCAGCUGGGCAGCAAUUGGCUACACCCAGCACAGCCCACUGCCCAGCCUCCUGAGCUUCCCAGCCACAUCAAGGCUGGUCUCAGCCCCGGCAGGGGCCCGCCUGGUACCAACGAAUGGGUGGGGCCAGCUGUUUAGAAAAAACAAUUCACAUAUUUAAAAGCUCCCUGUUUGAAUGCAGUUAGGCAAGCGGCACAAGCUCACAACUAAAAGUGUCUGCCAUGGAAAAGGAGUUGUUGUAAGGGUGUUGGCCUUGCCAGGGCCCUUCUGGGUGAGGCGAAGAAGGGAAGGAAAGGCCUUGGAAAGCAGUGGUUGCGCCAGACAGCCCAGGGAAGAGCCACAGCCUGAGGACCUAGGGCCACCUGCUGUUCCCUGGGAUUCAUGUCCUUCUCGGGUGGAGGGAGAACCCAGGACAAUGGCUGCUGUUCAUGAUCUGGAGAUGGAGAGCAUGAAUCUGAAUAUGGGGAGAGAGAUGAAGGAAGAGCUGGAGGAAGAGGAGAAAAUGAGAGAGGAUGGGGGAGGUAAAGAUCCUGCCAAGAGUAGAAAGGUCCACAGGAUCGUCUCAAAAUGGAUGCUGCCCGAAAAGGCCCGAGGAACAUACUUGGAGAGAGCUAACUGCUUCCCGCCCCCUGUGUUCAUCAUCUCCAUCAGCCUGGCCGAGCUGGCAGUGUUUAUUUACUAUGCUGUGUGGAAGCCUCAGAAACAGUGGAUCACCUUGGACACAGGCAUCUUGGAGAGUCCCUUUAUCUACAGUCCUGAGAAGAGGGAGGAAGCCUGGAGGUUUAUCUCAUACAUGCUGGUACAUGCUGGAGUUCAGCACAUCUUGGGGAAUCUUUGUAUGCAGCUUGUUUUGGGUAUUCCAUUGGAAAUGGUCCACAAAGGCCUCCGUGUGGGGCUGGUGUACCUGGCAGGAGUGAUUGCAGGGUCCCUUGCCAGCUCCAUCUUUGACCCGCUCAGAUAUCUUGUGGGAGCUUCAGGAGGAGUCUAUGCUCUGAUGGGAGGCUAUUUUAUGAAUGUUCUGGUGAAUUUUCGAGAAAUGAUUCCUGCCUUUGGAAUUUUCAGACUGCUGGUCAUCAUCCUGAUAAUUGUGUUAGACAUGGGAUUUGCUCUCUACAGAAGGUUCUUUGUUCCUGAAGAUGGGUCUCCGGUGUCUUUUGCAGCUCACGUUGCAGGUGGAUUUGCUGGAAUGUCCAUCGGCUACACGGUGUUUAGCUGCUUUGAUAAAGCACUGCUGAAAGAUCCAAGGUUUUGGAUAGCAAUCGCUGCUUAUUUAGCUUGUGUCUUAUUUGCUGUGUUUUUCAACAUUUUCCUAUCUCCGGCAAACUGACCUGCUCCUAUUAUAAGCCAAUUAAUAAAAAGAGCCAUCUGGAUGGGGGAAAAAAAAAGGAAGACUCUAUGAAGAAACAGAAGUCUCAGCAAAGGUUAACAACUUUAUAUAGAGGAAAAAACAGCAUUAAACUCAUCAGUUGCAAAGAUUGCCUACAAAAGGACCUUAGGAUUUAAGGAAGGGGCUUCUUAAUGUAGAAACGGAAGAAGAAGAGAGAAAAGAAGGGUAGUAAAAACUGGAGAUUGGGGCCAGGAGCACUGGCUCAUGCCUGUAAUCCCAGCACUUUGGGAGGCUGAGGUGGGUGAAAUCACCUGAGGUCAGGAGUUCAAGACCAGCCUGACCAAUAUGGUGAAACCCUGUCUCUACUAAAGAAAAUACAAAAAUUAGCUGGGUGUGGUACUGCGUGCCUGUAGUCCCAGCUACUUGGGAGACUGAGGCAGGAGAAUUGCUUGAACCUGGGAGGCAAAGGUUGCAGUGAGCUGAGAUCACACCACUGCAGUCCAGCGUGGGUGAUAGAGCGACACUCCGUCUCAAAAAACAAAACAAAACUAGAGAUUGGGUCUUUCUUUCCCAGGCAUAUGGUAUUCUAUAAACCAGACUUCUCCUUGGAGGAUAUAUUUUGGAGAAUGCUUCAUAAAAUCAAUGAAUACUGUACAAUGCUGAUAAUAAAAACUUUUUAUACCUGUGUCAGACUCCUGAUAAUCACUUUAAAAUAGAUCACUGUUUCAGAAGAUAGAACUGUUUGAGGUGUUUUACAUACUUUAUUGAUAAUGUUAUCAACAACCCAGAGAGGUAGUUAUUACUCUGCAUCUUAGAGUAAUCGUAAAGAAUCCCUUAAAUAAACCCUUAAAGAAUUACGUACUUGUCUGAGGGGAGCAGCAUUUAAACAUAGGUAAUGACUUGGAAACCUGUAGUCUCUCCUAGAGGUCCAACAGUGCUGUGUUCCCCCAAUACUGAAGAGUAUCAUAGGAGUACAGGAACAAACAUCUAUGCGGGGUACACCAUGAAUGGUGGAAAUAUCUCAUAGAAGAAGACUGAGGAUUUUCUGGACUUGCUAGUUUAAAGAUUCUGAUACCGUGUCUAAGAUCCCAAGGAACCUGGCACUGGCUUUCUGGUGGAACAUAUAUACCUAGACUUCAGAUUCUCAUCUGUGAUCAGACUGUCAUCCUUCGUGUGGCUCAUGGCUCUCCUAGGAGUGGGUAGGAUUUAUUUACAAAAGGUAAA